AUGGCGAACUUCAGCGUGUGGGACUACCUGGUGUUCGGAGCCGUGCUUCUUUUAUCUGCCUUAUUUGGCCUCUACUACGCGAUGACCGAGCGCAAGAAAACAGACACCCACUUCCUGCUAGGCGGGCGCCAGAUGACCGCGUAUCCCGUGUCCCUGUCGCUCGCUGCCAGUUUCAUGUCUGCCAUCACCGUGCUGGGCACUCCCGCUGAGGUGUACCGCUUCGGCGCCAGGUUCAUGCUCUUCAACUUCUCGUACGCCUCGACGGUUUUCAUCACAGGAGAGAUCUACAUGCCCGUCUUCUACCGGCUUGGGAUCAGGAGCACUUAUGAGUACUUAGAACUUCGAUUUAAUAAAGCAGCUCGCUCAAUGGGAUCAUUUCUAUUUAUUGUUCAAACGAUGCUAUAUACUGGAAUUGUUAUAUAUGCUCCUGCUCUUGCUUUGAAUCAAGUCACAGGAUUUGAGCUCUGGAGUGCUAUAGUUGGAACUGGGAUUGUCUGUACUUUCUACUGCACAGUGGGAGGUUUCAAAGCUGUUGUAUGGACAGAUGUUUUUCAAGCAAUAAUUAUGCUAGCAGGAUUUGGUUCAAUUAUCAUACAGACCUCAAGAAUUCAAGGUGGACUUUCGGUUAUCUUACAACAUGCUAAGGAAGGAGGAAGACUAAACUUUUGGGACUUCAAUCUUAGUCCUUUGCAGAGGCACACUUUCUGGACAAUUUUAAUAGGUGGGACCUUUACGUGGACCGGCAUCUAUGGUAUCAAUCAGUCCCAAGUGCAGAGAUACAUAUCCUGUAAAUCUAAGUUCCAUGCAAAAUUGUCUCUUUAUUUAAAUCUUUUGGGACUCUUCUUUAUUAAUAUAGCUGCAGUGUUCAGUGGAUUGUCAUUGUACUCUGUGUAUCGUCACUGUGAUCCUUGGAAAUCAAAUAAAGUUCGGUCACCAGAUCAGCUCAUGCCCUAUCUAGCAAUAGACAUUCUACAAAACUAUCCAGGACUUUCAGGCCUUUUUGUGGCAGCUGCUUAUAGUGGAACAUUGAGCACUGUAUCCUCUAGCAUCACAGCUUUAGCGUGUGUAACUCUGGAAGAUGUCAUCAAACCUCAUUUAGAUUCACCUUCAGAAAGGACUCUUUUUUUGUUUUCUAAAGGGACAUGCUUAUUCUAUGGAAUAAUUUGCAUUGGGAUGGCUGCUUUGGCAUCAUUAAUGGGAAGUAUGUUACAGGUAGCAAUCAAAUUAUUUGGCCUAAUUGGAGGGCCUUUCGUGGGCUUGUUUUUUCUUGGAAUUUUGAAUCCUUAUGCCAAUCCAAAAUGUGACUUACUAAAAGGGAAAGCAAUUGAAAACUGA